AUUGCGCUGAUGUCUCACAAGUGAACAGGACUCAUGAGCAGCCUGUACAGACGCAUCGCUUGGCAACUGUACCACACGACCUGCAAUAACUGAGGUCACAUCCGGUCCAUGCUGCUCCAUACCAGAAGUGCCGAAUACCAGCGUCUGCAUGGAAUACAGUGUGAAGCAUACGAAUGCCUCACAAGAUGGAGCAGAGGGAGAUUAUUCAACGUUAUAUCAGUGGGUACGAAAAGAAGAAAACGAAAUCAGAAGAGUUUGCCAAUGAUUUUACGAAUCUGAAACGACAGUCUGCAAAAUAUAAGACUGAUAACAGCUACACUACAAAGGCAGCAGAAAGACCAGAAAAUUUCAAAAAGAAUCGAUACAAAGACAUCUUUCCAUUUGACCACAGUCGCGUGGAACUCUCUUUGAUCACCUCGGAUGAAGAUACUGAUUAUAUCAAUGCCAGUUUUAUAAAGGGUGUUUAUGGUCCCAGGGCAUAUAUUGCCACUCAAGGUCCCCUGCCAAGUACCCUUGUAGACUUUUGGAGAAUGAUUUGGGAAUACAAUAUUGGGAUUAUUGUCAUGGCCUGUAUGGAAUUUGAAAUGGGGAAGAAAAAAUGUGAACGUUACUGGGCAGAAGUAGGAUGCGAAGUGUUACAGUGUGGGCCAUUCUCUAUUACAUGUACUAAUGAGGAUAAGAAGACUGACUAUGUCAUCAAGCUGUUGGCGGUAACUUAUGGGAAUGAAAUACGAAUAGUUCAUCAAAUUCAUUACAAGAACUGGCCUGACCAUGAUGUCCCGUCUUCUGUGGAGUACAUUUUACAAAUGAUACAAGACAUUCGUCUUCUCCAGAGAGAUGACAGUCCACCAAUAUGUAUCCACUGCAGUGCUGGCUGUGGGCGGACUGGUGUCAUUUGUGCUAUUGAUUACAUAUGGAGACUACUAAAAGAUCAGAUUAUUCCAGUAAAUUUCAGCAUUUAUUCCAUCAUCCAAGAAAUGAGAACACAACGGUCUUCACUAGUGCAGACCAAGGAACAAUAUGAGCUUGUCUACAGUGCAGUGAUAUAUCUAUUCAAAAGAGAACUUGAGAAGAUGAAUAGGAUAUCAAGCUCUGAGGAUACUGAGAUGUUGAACAAUGCACCAGAUCCUCACGGCACUGACAGAGGUUUGUUAAGUCUGCCCAGCAGUUUUCCAGUAGAUACAAGAGAAGAUAUUCACCAAUGGACAGGAGGUUCUGCAGCAGCAGCUUGCAAUACCGGAAUACGUUUUACUAAUGUAUUGGAACCAGUAACACCACCAAAGAUGUAUAAAACAUGUGGCCAUCCAGAGCUAAAUGACCUCCAAAGCCAUACGCAGAACUUAACCAAUGAAUGUUUUGAUGUCCCCCACCCUUUACCAAGGACACAGUAUGGCAAGCAUAAUAUGAAGCCUUCUACGGUAGAAAGAAAGUUAUACAGUGGACAGACACCAUUGACUCGGACCAAAUCGUCUCCCUUUGAACGGCAGCGACAGUCCUGUAUACUGCUAAAUACUGUAGAAGAAUCAAAUAUGUGUCAUGAUGAAUGGAAUGUAUUAUCCCACAUGGGACAAAGGCCCAAGCUGACAGGCUCCUUAACCAACAUAAGUACUGUUCCUAGCAGUAAUGUUUAUAUUCGUCUAAGUGAAGACCCUUAUUUUUCGCCAACUCUAUCUUCUGGCCCUGGCUCACCCAAAUUUGCUGAUUUUGGUCUAGAAACUGUUUGUCCUGAAAUGACUAGAACAAAAGUGAGCAGUAUGCAGAACUCUGGUUCACUACUGUCUGAGCCCCAUCAUGUGUCCUAUGGGAAUGAACCUUCCAUACAAGCUCCGCUGGAAGGUUUAGAGGUUCCUCAGUUUAACAACCUAAAUGACAAGAAUGAUGACAGUCCCCCUCCAUUGCCAGAACGCACACCUGAGUCAUUCAUAGUUCCUGAUGAGCAAGUUUCUGUGCAGUCUCAGGACUCUUCUAAGUUGCAGCCUGAACUGCAAACAAAAGUUCCUUCCAUAAGAAUCGGCACGUCGCUGGAGUGGAGUGGUGCGUCCCAAUGUAAGAAUGAUGAUUUCAGGCUCAUGGCACGCAGCAAGAGUGUGAAAGUGAGGGGGUCAAAGUUUGAAAAAAACCGGAAUAGAUCUCCUUCUACACCUCCUCUACCAGAAAGAACUGCAGACUCUUUUAUUAUUGCAGAUGAAGCAUGCUAUGUUGAAAGCAUUGUUCCAGAAGUCUCUGAGCCCUUACAUCUCAUUAAAACAGAAAUGAGUGGCUCGGUGCCAUCUUCAGAGCCUGAACAACAAAUCACCAGAAAAAAGAGUCUGAAAUUAUUGAGAAACGUGAAAAAAAAUGUUUGCAGCUUAGCGAAAACAGAAUCUUCAUCUUCUCAAUCGAGUACUCCCUUCUCAUUUUUACAUUUUGGUUUUGGGAAUCGAUUUGCAAAGCCAAAGGGGCCUAGAAAACCACCAGCAACUUGGCAUAUAUAAGGACCAUCUACACAUUACCCUGAUAUUAAUAUCCCUGUUCCUAAAGAUAAAAUAAAAACAAUGUUAUGAUUCUAUUUAUUAUAAGAUACCCAGUGACCUUUUUUUUUCUUUCUUUUUUUUAAACUGUGACAAUAUUUCUGCCAUCUUCCUUUAUCCCCAAAGGCCCCAUCCACACUGCACACAUCGGAAUUCAGCUACAGAAUUCCCCUUGCAGCAGUGUCCCAUUGUUUUCAAUGAGUCUCAGCUGCUCUGUGCACACUAUGGAAUUUCUGUAGUGGAUUUUCACUGGUGGAAUGGACCUCUGGCUCAAAAAAUGAACAUGUUCAUUCCCUAGGCGCCAAACUGCAUUGCUGUUACACAGUCUGCCAGGUUUUACCGCCGUUGAUUUUGGCGGGGCCUGCUGCAAGCGGAAUUCUGACCUCUGAAUGUCCACAGUGUGGGUGGGGCCUUAUCAAUGAUCAUUGUUAAUAAAAAGUGUAAAGCUGUAAACAUAAAGUAUCUGUAUGAAAAAAAGUCACACACAAUCUUGACAUGGUUGGAAUUGUUGCAAUUGGAAAACUUUUUCACCCAUAGUAAAUAACUAGGGCGUCAGUAAUAGUCACAAUAACUCACAAUUCUAGAGUGACCAGUGCACAAAUAAAAGUUGUGAAGCUGUUGUAUUUUAACAAAUGCCAAAUGAAUCUUGAAUGGCGGAGCCACUGUAUACAAUCCUUCACAGUCCCUAAAAACCAAAGGACAAGGACUUGAAAGCAAAUAAACAAUAAUACAUCAAGUUACAAUAUUAAUUGGUUCUAUGAUGAAAAUUGUAAGUUGAAACCAUUUUAUCUUGGGACUACGACUCUAUGGGAAGCCAGUAAUUACUACUAAAGCCCAAAAUGGCACCCUAAGUAAUAAAAAAUGAAGUGACCAGAUAGCUAACAAAUAAAAGACAGAAAGUGCUUCUAGAAGCAACAAAUCACUGUUACUGGCGUUGUAUAUUGAGUAUGAUUUCAAGUCCCAGUUGUCCAGAUAAGACCAUUGUAUAUUGAAAAUAUUGUAACCUGAGGCCAUUGUAACUUGAGGAACCACUGUACAGGGUAGUUCAAAAGGGAUGGUGCAAAAGUAAAGGCCUAUAUUUAGGCUAUGUUCACACGUCCGUGUGGAAUUUUGCAUGAAUAUUUUGUAGGGGUAUUCCUUAAUGGGAUUCUACUGCUCUGUUCACACGGCAGAAUUUCCGUGAAAAUUCUGAUUCCGGCAUCUGCAAAAACAUUGAACCUGUUGGGUGUUUUUGCAGAUUCCACUCAGAAAUGCAUUGCCAUCUAUGAGACUGCACAUUUCCGAGCGGUCCUAGUGCCAGCAUGUCUGUGAAGUGUCCACGGACAUUCCAUUGCAGGAAAAACUGGCUUAGUUGCCAAAUCAUAGCACAGCUUUCAGUUUUAAGAGCCAAAUUUAAUGCAUAGUGUGACAUAAGAUGGCAAUAUCGAAGCAAGAAAAUUAGCAAGAAUGGUGUCUGUUGUGACAGUACAGCGAAACUUUCAGAAUAAAUUUGUUAAAUAAGCUUCGCAUACAAACUGCACUUCACAUUAGGUGAAGCAAUUCAAAACCACUGGGUGUUUAUGUCAUAGGAAAAGUCUGGGCAAGAGACAAUGAGCCGUGUACGGGCGUAAUCCUAGAACGUCGACCAGACUGACUAGUAUGUAAAUACAGAUGCAACAAACCAUGUUAUUGCGUAUCUGCAUUUUAAUAUCUGUAGUGUAUAGAAAAAAACGGGAUAGAAAGUAUUUUUCAUGUAAAUAAAUUAGUUUUAUCUUUUCUCGGUUAUAAAUACAGAAGCUAUAAUUUUGCACCAUCCUUUUUUAAUCGCCCUGUAUUACGUAAAUUCCUAAGCAUGGAAAAGAUUUGUAUUUUGAAAAGUAAAAUGGUCAGAUUGCUUAAAAAAUGUAUGAGAAAGUCAGAGAUGGUUCAUUAUCUGUAAAAGAGAAUUUUUUACUAAAAUGUGUUUUAUAAUAUGAAAGUAAAUAUUUAUAUUGAUUGCAUUUUUGUGUAAACA